AUGAAGCAAUGAUGUCAUACCAACAACAUACGCUAUCUAAGGUUAUCUCAAUUACCUUCUGUGUUGACAGGAGUACUCUGUACAACCAUCUCCUCACGAUCCAACAAUGCCCUCCCUCAUCCAUCUCCACCCCCUCCCUUUCUCCUCUCUCCCCUCUCACCCAUCCCUCAACGCCCUCUCCACGCGUCCUUCCCACCUCGACUUUAUCCACUCCAUCCUUUCGGAAGCCCACUUCUUUCUCACCACCUCCAUCCCCGACCACUUCCACCAAGAUCCCAAACCCCGUCCUUCCCACCCCUCAACUAGUCCCGUGUAUUUAUCUACCGCUUCUCUCCUCCCCGGCGCACGCGGACAAGGGAAGGAAUUCUGGGUCUGUCGUCGCAGUACACACUCCGAUGAGGCUGUUGAUGGGACGGCCUCUUUCGCGGAAUUUCAAGAUGGGCUGAGAGUCGAUCAUUCCGAGAAGGAAAAGGAGUACACACCCAGUGUGACGAGUGUGGAAACGCUGCUCGAAUGGUCCUCUUUGGAGUCGAUUGAAGGGGGUUGGAAGGGGGUGGAUAUGCAUGUCAACAUAAUCACUCAUACUUUUCAUCCCACCUUCUUAAUCUCCCCCCGCACGUUUAUCAAUCUCAUCAUCUCCGCCGAGCUUCCGACAACCGCCGCCCCCGGUUUCGUCACCGUGCAAAUCCCACUUAUUUGCAAUCCAGUUGAUCAUGUUCCCAAACCUUUGCGGGAUAAAAUCACCCAAUCUGUUCCGGGAAAUUCCAUCUUUGCUACGUAUGCCAGUGUCGAGCGUCUGCUCUCGUUGGACAAGCCUUCAAAGCAGGUGGAGUGGAUAAUGGCUACUACGUCGGAUGCGGGCGGAUCAAUACCCCAGUGGAUACAGCGCAGUUGGACAAUGGGCGGAGUGCCCAAGGCGGUUGUGGCAGACGUGGGUUUGUUUAUCGGAUGGAUGGGGAAGAGAAGGAAAGGCCAAGUAUUUAGGCAAGACUAAUCCUGAUCAGCGAGGGUAGAUGUUACAAAGCAAGUUCAAAUGUUUUAGACAAUUCGGAUUCUUAUAUGCAAAGGGAGAAAAAUAGCCUCAUAUCCAAAUAUCACUCAAUCAAUUCGAUCAAGCAUCCACCCCGCCACAAGAAUUUGAUUACAACAAUCCAUUUUGCACUCCAGACUCCCCAUUUCCAGGAAUAUAAUGCUGAUGCGUACAUAAAAUGUAGGUAAAAAAACAAUUCCAGAACUAAAGAAAAAAGAAUACCAUGGAAGAGAAGGUGAAAUGAAGAUGAAGGUGAAAGUAGCCCAAAAUGUCAAUAACCG